AGUAGGCGCGGGGAGACUCUUCAUGCAGCUGCUGCUUUGUGGCCCAUUAUCGGCCUCAGAGCCCACACGGCCUGUCCCUUGCUCCCGGUGUCUGCAAAUCUCCCUGGCACGCCAUACUAUCCCUGGAUCACAAUUGGACAGGACCUUUGUGACGUUGUCGCCCCGGAAGUCAACACAUUUUAAUACUGCUGCUGCUGCUACAGUAAAAAAUGUCCAGUCCCUGGGAGGUGGAGAAGGGGUCCUUGCGUCUCUGCCGCUUUGAUUACGUCACUGGGAGUCAGACACAGACUGCAUUGACAUACAAUGAUGUGAAUGUGAACUUUACUCAAGAAGAGUGGGCUUUGCUGGAUCAUUCCCAGAGGAGUCUCUAUAAAGAUGUGAUGUUGGAGACCUACAGGAACCUCAAUGUUAUAGGCUACAAUUGGGAAGAUCACAAUAUUGAAGAGCGUUGUCAAAGUUCUAGAAGACAUGCAAGGUGUGAAAACAGUCAUAGUGGAGAGAAACCCUCUGAAGAUCCUCAAUAUGAUGAAGUCUUUGCACAUUACAGUAAUCCCCACACAUGUAAAACUAUGCAUACUGUUGAGAAUCGCUAUAAAUGUAACCAAUGUGGUAAAGCCUUUGCACAUAACAGUCAUCUCCUAAGACAUAAAAGGACACAUACCGGAGAAAAACCUUAUGAAUGUAACCAAUGUGGUAAAUCCUUUGCACAUAACAGUUAUCUCCUAAUACAUGAAAGAACUCACACUGGAGAGAAACCUUAUGAAUGUAACCAAUGCCGUAAAGCCUUUGCAGAUAAGAGUGUUCUCCUAAGACAUAAAAGAACUCACACUGGAGAAAAACCUUAUGAAUGUAACUGGUGUGGUAAAGCCUUUGCAUUUAACAGUAAUCUCCUAAUACACAAAAGAACUCACACUGGAGAGAAACCUUAUGAAUGUAACCAAUGUGGUAAAACCUUUGCACAUAGCAAUCAUCUCCUAAGACAUAAAAGAACUCACACUGGAGAGAAACCUUAUAAAUGUAACCAAUGUGGUAAAGCCUUUGCAUAUAACAGUAUACUCCUAAUACAUAAGAAAAUUCACACUGGAGAGAAACCUUAUGAAUGUGACCAAUGUAGUAAAGCCUUUACAUGUAACAGUAAUCUCCUAAUACACAAAAGAACUCACACUGGAGAGAAACCUUAUGAAUGUAACCAAUGUGGUAAAGCCUUUGCACAGAACAGUCAUCUCCUAAUACAUAAAAGAACUCACACUGGAGAAAAACCUUAUGAAUGUAACCAAUGUGGUAAAGCCUAUGCACGUAACAGUCGUCUCCUAAUACACAAAAUAAUUCACACUGGAGAAAAACCUUAUGAAUGUAAACAUGGUAAAGCCUUUGCAUGUAACAGGAAUCUCCUAAUACACAAAAGAACUCACAGUGGGGAAAAACCUUAUGAAUGUAACCAAUGUGGUAAAGCCUUUGUACAGAACAGUCAUCUGGUAGUACAUAAAAAACACAUACUGGAGUGAAACCUUUUGAAUGUACCUAAUGUGAUGAAGUCUAUGCAUAUCAGAGUAGUCUCUGAAAACAAAAGAGCACAGCUUGGAAAAAAACCUUAUGAAUGUAAUCUCUGUGUUAGGACAUUUGUAUAACACAGUCAUUUCCUAAUAGAUAAAAAUGCAUACUGCAGAAAAUCCUUAUAAAUAUAACCAUGUCAUAUAGGCUUUUCAUGCAGCAGUCAUCUUCUAGGACAAGAACACAUACUGUAGUGAAACCCAAUAAAUGUAACCAAUAUAAAAAAGCCUUUGCACAUAACAGUCAUCUCAUAAAACAUAAAGAACACAUACUCGAGGGAAACUUUAGGAAUGUAACAAAUGUCGUAAAACUUUUGCUCUUCAGAAUUGUCUUCAAAGUCAUGAAAGAAUACAUAUUGGACAGAAAGACUGAGUUUAUUUAAUAUGGUGGAGCUACUUUACAUUUGUAUAAUCACCAUCAUGAAAGACUUUGUACUGGAGAGCAACAUUAUGAAUAUGUUAAAAUGUGAGGCCUUUGCACAUAUCUAUAUUCUUCAUUGAUAUAAAGUUUCAUACUGGAGAAAAAUUUUGUGAACAUAAGCAAUGUGGUGAGGCCUUUUUGUUCAUCAGUCCACUGAAUCCAAUAAAACUCAAACUCUAGUUCAAUGAAAAUGACAAAAAAUAUUGUUAUCCAGACACUACUGGUUGAUUAGGGCCACAUAACAUUCUUGGGAGCUGAGCUGUGAUACCUACAUACCCACUGAGCCAAAAUGUUACGGAGGUUCUGAGAUUAAAAAUCGUAAACAUUUGUUCCAUUUUACAACUAUUCUUUUUCAUCAAUCAGGGUUUAGAGAUGUGGGAUUUGUUUAUGCCAUUGAGGAAGUCACCUGAGGCAAAUGUAGGUUUUACAAUUCAACCAAUCAUAUUCAUUUGUUCAUCUGUGGUUAGGAAAAGGUAUCAUGUUUUAGAGAAGAGAAGCUGUGGUAUGGGACAGUCAUUAUGUUUGGUGACCAGAAACCAUGGUAUGGAACAAAAGAUGUUUGGGGGAACAAAAGAUGAAUAAUGAAAGCUUGUCAGCUAUUGGGAAGUGUGCAGCUUUCCUAGGGAACUUAAAUUUAGGUCCACCCUAUAAUUCAAUGGAGGCUGGUAUAUAAAAGGCAAUAUUUAGGACAAAUUUCUUUUGCAUAUUCCCACAUGCAAAUUACCUUUGCAUGUUUUGCACAUCACAGUCAUCUUCAAGUAUGUAAAAAAACAGAUAGUAGAGAGAAACCUUACAUGUGUAAUCAAUGUGAUAAAGCCUUUUCUUAACAGUCGUCUCUAAAUACAUAGAAUACUUACUGCAGUGAAACCCUAUGAAUAAGCAAUGUGGUAAAGUGUUUUCAUGUGGUUGUCUUUGAAAUCAUAAGAAAAUUUCAUGCUACAGAGAAACCCCAUGGGCGUAGUCAGUAUUAUACAGUUUUGUACGUCACAGUACCAUUAUAAAAGAGUAAAAGAUUUAGCUUUUGCAUAUCACAGCAGUCUUUCAGAACCUAAAAGAACUCAUUCUGAAGGAAAUCUAUUAGGAUAAAAUAUUUGCUAAGAUUUUUGACCCACCAACUUGCAAUCAAUUACAGGAGAUUAUUUGGAGGAAAAGUUCUAAGAUGUGUCAACAGUGUAUUCGUACAUUAUGACAUCCAUCCUUAUUUUGUUUCCAAUUAAAAGCUCAUAUGGACUAAAGGCCUAUAAAUUUAAACAAUCAGCUAACCCUUUUAGAUUUCAAAAGUCUCUUCAAUUACAAGAAAUUAAUCAUCCAGUUUUACAGUUUAUGGGUGUGUAUUAGUGCCUUUUCUGUGACUUAACAGGACAUUUAAGGCAAAUUCCAAAUGUGUUUAAUUUGCCAUAUGGUUCCAGAAGUAUGUAGGAUCACUAUGAACUGGGCAUGACAAGUUUCACAAAUGACAGACAAAGUAGGAAGCUUGGAACUCACAUCCUCAACUUGCAGCAUGAAGCAGAGAGGGGGAACUACAAAUGGUAUACAAUUGGGACCUAUCAAGCCCACCCCAAGUAACAUACUUCCUCCAGCAGGGCUACUUUUCCAAAACAUUCCCAAAUUCUACAACCAGCUGAGAAGGAUUCAUUUCUCUGAGUUCAAGUACUUGUUUGAUUUCUGUUACAUGAAAGAACCCAUGAUGAAGAAAAACUCUGUAGAUAAGCCUGUGGUUGCCUCAACACCUGAGUUACAGGAAUAAAUGCUUAUACAAGUAGAACAUUGUGAAUAAACAUAUAUUAGUUUAAGUUUUUUUUUUCAAUUUCCAUUAUGUGAUAUCAGUGUGUAUUUGUGUGUUUAUGUGGCUCUCCAUUCUGGUUUCCAUGAAGAGCAGACCCUUUGAUCUUCUUGUACCAGGAAUUACAGGAAGUUGUCAAAAUCCUGACCUAGGUCCUAGGAAUGAACUUGUCUUAAUGCACAGCCAUGUCUUUAGUUCUGUAAUAUCUUAAAUCCUUUAUAUAUCAUCUUGAUGUCAAGAAGUAGAAAAGAAUUCAUAGAAGAGAGCAACCCAAUUUAUAUGGGUUUUGAUGACAUAAUGGGUUAUGGGUUUAAAUGGGUUUUGGAAAUAAUAAAUGUAUUCAUUUUCAAGAAAAACUGUUUAAAAUCUGUUUUUAUCAUGUCAUGUGGGAAGUAAAUUAUUUACCAUGUUCACUUAUUGUCAUAGAGGAUAUCACCAAUUGUGAUUGUGGUCUGUAUUUUGAAACAUUGGAGUAGGUAUUGAAGUUGGCUGAAUGUGGAGCAAAUCCAUUCACAGAAGUUUAUUAGAUCAUUCUGAUAAUUCUUUCUGUGGCUGCUGUUCAUCUAAUGCAUUUCCUCUUGGUGAUAAGUAUUUUUCUGCUGCAAUGUAUUGAAUGGGAUCCCCACCAUCUAUGUUAUCAAUUUAUUUGUGUCUGGCAGUGUGUGAUCAUAAUUCUCAAAGAAGUGUCUCUGAAAAAGCAUGGUGCUUUUUUAUUUCAUAUUUUCACAAAAUCCUUUGAGAUGUUUGUUUUCAAACCUGGCUUGUAUGUUAGUAAUUACUCAAGGCUACAUUUGAAGUCUUGAUUUGCAUGUGUCAGCCUUCUGAGUACAAGUCCAAGGGUGGAAAAUGUACCUGCAAUGUGUCCUGUUUUGUCAACAUAUUUUGCCGAUGUUAAUGUUAAAAUAUUUAAUAGAAUAUAUGUAUGUAUUUUUUGAAGUUCCAUGCUUCUUCAUGUUCUCAUUAUUUACUUAUGGCACAUCAUGCUCAAGUUCUGCCUUCUAAGAGAAUUAUCUAGAGGUUCUAGAUAAUGCAACAACAAUGAGAUUUAUUUCAAGAAAGCAUGUUGUAUGUGUGUAAUGUGACCGUGUGUUCUUAGGCCAUGAUAUAUAAAGACUUGACAAUUUUUGGAGUUGAUUUUUACCAUUCUUAUAUGAUGGUCAAGAUCUUGUUGCCAGUUUUGCAUACCACAAACAUUCCCCACUCAAUUCAUUGGUAACCAAAUAAACUUAUCUGUAAUGUUACAUCAGUAAAAUAUUAUCUUUAAUUCAAAUUAUAAACAUUAUCUAA